GAAUGACAAUACUGAACCGCAAAAGUACCGGGCAGGUCUGCUUCUUUAGAUGCGUCCAAGGUCUCGACUGUCACUUUUUCUGUAGAUUCUUGCAGUCGUGAUAAGUGGGCUAUCCAGCUGAAUCGUAAAUGGAGCCAUACGUCUGGACGGUACUGGUUCUAUUAUUAGUGGUCCCCAUCAGUGGCCAAGUCAUUCCGAAAUCUCUUUAUGUGCCACAAAUCACCUCAUCUGGCUAUGUGGGACGGAUAACUGCAACAACAUUUACAUUGGGAUCACCUGUGAAUUUCUUCAAUUUCGCAGCACUAGGCUGUACCACAGGGUGUCAGGUCUGGCUGGUUCUCGCCCAAAGUUUAGCAGAACAAAAUACAUUUGAUACUCAAAACACAAACCCUUUCUCACCCUCUUUUCCUGCUCCUCCUAUUAUGACUUUUGUGGGUAUGCAGACCGCCUUUUCCAGUGCCCCAAUAAACCUUCUCCAGAAAGUUUUCAGAAAUGGACCUUUCAUUACAGGUUCUAAGUUCAGUGCAAAGUAUUUUGUUGUCAAUAACAAUAAAGUAGUUGCUGAGACUGAUUGGUCACCGAAUAUCAACCUUAUAACACCUCAGGAUCCUGCAAGCAUUGACACAUGGUUUGGAAAAAGAUCUGGAGGAAUGGUGGUCAUUACUGUCAUCCUGUCUGUCCUGACAGCGAUCCUGCUUUUGUUGUUUUUACUCAUGCUUUAUUUCACUUGUUCUAGCCAUUUCAGAGGAAAAGAGAACAUUACCCCCCCUGUGAUGAACAUCAAGCAGUACAGUACCCACUAUCAAACAUCCAUAUUAAACAACCCGCCAGCUGUCCUGUCUUCCUUAGGCACCGACACAGCACAUCUUUAACUCUGGACUCAUGACGUGUACUGCUGCUCGUACACUGACCAACUUCUUCUGUUGCUGUUUACAUAGGGUUUCUUUCCAGACAGUGGCUGAGUUGGGUCUAGUUUGUCAGUCUUGCUUCUUUUGCUCAAUUUGUGGAUUUAAAGGACAUCACAAAAUAAUGAAGAGUAUUCUAACUCAUGAGAAAC